UUUAACAUUUUUUAUUUUCAUUUUGUUUAUAUUUUCAUUCACAAUUUGUAUUCCUAUUUUUAUUGAAUUUAUAUUUUAUUCCAUAUACAUUUUUCCCAUUCAGCUUACUCUCCUCUUUUUUUCAUUUCUCACGCGAGGCAAAAAAACCUGUAUUUUGUGAAUGUCUUCUGGUCGCGUGCUGCUAGGUGUGACUGCAUCCGUGGCAGGCUCGUUAGGCCACUCUCUGGGAAUGACGCUGCAAAAGCGCGCGCACCUGCGCUUAGAGUCCCAAAGCAGCAACGCCAAGGCAUGGAAGGAUCCGCAGUGGCAAUUUGGAUUGGCACUUUAUCUAUUCAGCUCCACUGUGCCGCCAACAAUCGCCCUAAGCAUGCUUCCCGUAUUUGUCACCGCGCCUCUGGCGGCUGUCGGGCUGGUAGCUAAUGCUGUGUUUGCCAAGUACAUUCUCGCGAGCAGUUUUGCACGCACGGACGCGCUGGGCACGGUAUUGGUUUCGGUGGGCAGCUGUUGCGUCGCAGCUUUUGGUGCGAUCGACGAACCACCGCUAUCGCUGGAGGACUUGCUGCUGCUGUAUAAGCGCCCUGCAUAUGUGAUAUAUUUUGUUGUUUAUUCGUUAAUUGUGGCCGCCCUGAUCGUCUCUGAGCUGUACUGGCGCAGAAGGCACUCUGGUGCAGCAGCUAGCGGCGACAAAGGUGCUAGCAGCAGCAUGGUUGUGUCAGAUGCUGUCGAGUCGCGCGUGGCGCUUCAACCAGUGCCCGCUGCGCUUCGGUCAGCUUGGACGACGCAGCAUGGUGUUUCUGAGGAGGAGUCUUUGCUCGGAGGAAGCUGCCCAUCAUCGCCUCGCUUGGAUAGCAAUUCAUAUGCUUCAACCUCGGUGUCGCCGGCUAUCGGGUCUAGCGAGGUGGUCGACCAAAUGUACCGCCACCACUUUUCGUGCACCAACGAAGAGUCCAUGCUCAUGCUUCCCAAUGAAAUCAAGAUGAGCCGCUCCGAGCAGGUCGCUCGGUACAUUUCGGGGUUCCUGUCGGCCGUGAUAUCUGGGUUGAUAUGCAGUCAGACAUUACUGCUGGCUAAAUCCGGAAUUGGUCUUUUGGUGCUCACGUUCCAGGGCCAUAUGCAAUUUAAUGACCCGCUGGCCCUGGCUAUUGUCAUAGGGCUCAUAGUCACUGCACUGGCAAAUCUGUACUAUAUCCAACAUGCGCUGCGCCUAUGCAGCACACUGACUGUUGUUCCGCUGUGCUACUGCAGCAGCUCGCUGUCGGCGCUGAUUAGUUCGCUGGUUUACUUUAACCAAAUGCGCUUGUUGAGUCACACGCAGGUUGCCAUGAUAUCAAUGGGUGUUGUAUUGCUGGCAUCAGGCGUAGCACUCUUGUCCUCGAAGGCUGACUGCGAAUACGGCGCAUUGCAGCUGCCCGAGGAGCCGACAGAAUAGGAGUGAUAAACAGCUUGAGGGCCUGCGACAUGAGCAACUGUUAUCAUUGCUGUUCCUAACAUAUUGAUCUUGCAUCCUGCAUCUACUAUUAUUAUCGCCCCAACGUGCUGCUUGUUUUUUAAUUGUAGACUUUUGUUUCUAGUUUUUUAUUUAAUAAAAGAAUAAAAGAAUAA